AUGCUCCCUCUUUGGAUUCUCGUCCUCGCGUUUCUCUCCUGUCUCCUAUCCGUCGCCAUAAUCCUCACCCUCACCCUCUUCCACCUCUGCAAUUACCGAAAACCCUUCGAACAGCGCCUCAUCAUCCGCAUCAUCCUUAUUCUCCCCCUCUUCGCCAUCUCCUGCUAUGUCGACCUCAUCUCGCCCGCUGUCGGAAAGUUCCUCCAGCCGUUCCGCGAGAUCUACGAAGCCUUUGUCAUCUACACCUUCUUCUCGCUCCUCACCCACAUCCUCGGGGGCGAGAGGAACAUUAUCGUGCAAACGUCUGGCCGUGAGCCUGUUUCCCACCCGCCACCCAUGAAGUCGCUCCUCGCUCCCUUCGACAUCUCAGACCCGUACACGUUCCUCACCAUCAAGCGAGGCAUUCUCCAGUACGUAUGGAUCAAGCCCGUGCUCUUGCUCGUGAUUUCCGGGACCCAGCUCUGCGGCGUUUACGACGUGAACGACAUUUCGUGGCUCAGCGUGUACGUGUGGACAACCUUAAUCUAUAACUGCUCCGUAUCGCUCUCGCUAUACGACCUAGCGCUCUUCUGGAAGUGCCUCUAUGCGGACUUGAAACCGUUCCAGCCCAUGGGCAAGUUUCUCUGUGUCAAGAUGAUCAUUUUUGCAUCCUACUGGCAGGGCAUCAUUCUUGUGGUGCUCAACUGGCUUGGACUUCUCCGGGUCCACUCCGACCCCGAGACCAACGCGGGGUUGGCUAUCCAGAACGCCUUGCUAUGUAUAGAGCUCAUUGGAUUCGCCAUUGGCCACUGGUACUCUUUCUCGUACCUCCCGUUCACCAAGGAAAACCUCCCCAAAUGCGGACGCCUCGCGUUCCGCAGCGCCCUCAAGGACUGUCUCGGGAUUGGCGACUUGGCGUACGAUUUUCGGUUAACUUUUUCCGGAUCCAGCUAUGACUACAAGCAGUUUGACUCGGUUGAGGCGAUGCUUCCUACCGCUGACUCGCGCAUGAGGCGCAUCAACCAAGGCAUGCGCUACUCCAACAACGGCCAGAAGUACUGGCUCGACCUCAACAGCCAGCGUACA